GCCAGCAGAAUAAACUGUUUACAAACGUGUUUUAUUUUACCGCUCGUAAUUACCCUCUUGGUCAUGCGAUAGCCCAAAAGAAAGAGCAAAAGGGAAAGAUCUUAGGGGGGCAAAGGCAAAACAAGCACCAAAAUUCCAAGGGGGGGUACGCAGUGCCCCUCUUGCUGCUCUAUCUUACUGCUCUACUUGCUAUAACUUAAGCGAGCCUUUCGCUUGUGCCGCAAAUUAUUUUAAUAUGAGUACAUUUGGUCAGGGAAGGAAAUCAAUUGCCAGGAAUAAAUGAAAUACUUUCCUGCCCUAAGAAAGUUUGCAGCACUGAGCUGUCAUGAAAUAUUGUCUAUACGUAAAGUAUGCCUGUCAAACCCCUACUGUCAUUUCAGAAUGACCAAUCAUCAAACUCCAAUCGUCGUGAGAGAUACCAUUGCCGACAUGGACUACCUGGACAUUGAAUCCUUCCGUUCCAAGUACAGCGACAUUACCGUCACGGCCGUGCCAACGCGCUCCAAGGCGGACGAUGAGCCUGCAAUGGCCACCGACCAGGAGACGACAAUCAAGCAGCAUGUGCCGCGCGUGGAAAUAACGAGAGUGAAUGGAGGUGCCUCUGCAGGUAGUGGCUCCACUGCGAAUCCAGCGAUGAUGCAGCGCAACAGGCAGCAGCCAAACAGCGCCGCACUGGCCUACGCCAAUGAGUAUAAGGAGGUUAUGGCCAAACUGGAGUACACCAAGUACAUGCAGGCCCAGCUGCAAAUGAUGUCCGCGACAAAGGGAGGGGGCAGUGCUGGUGCCCCUGGCCUUGACUUCGAUCUGUAUGGCACAUCUACAAAUAUCGAUGAGAACGCCAACAUAGUGGACAAGUACGCCGAACUCCUCAACGUCCUGGGGGAAAUGCGCUCCAAUGUGCCGACCACAAUGGCGGGCCUAAGGGCUCCCAAGGAGCGCCUGCAGCGCGACAUAGCCCAAGCCAGGCUAAAGGUGCGCCAGUGUCUCCUGCUCCUGCACCAGGGAGACGAGGAGAGUGACGAUGCCGACUUCCAGGGCGCCCCCACCAAAGAGUGACGUCAUGGCUCACAUGUACACAUCCGCAUUGUUAACGACACCUCUCCGGGAUCGCGAGUGGCACGACAAUAAAAGACUAGAAUAACAAAAGCCAUCGGGAAGUUCUGGGAACCCUCGGUGUUCACGGCUUCGACUAUGAUGGUGGGGCAAUGGCUUUGGAGUAGCCAAAUACUAUGACCAGGUGAUACUAGGUGGCCGGCAUUCUGACACAAGCGAGCAGCGGAGCGCGAAACUUGUCCACCUGAAUGCUGGGAACGCUAACUAUCAUUUGAUACCCUGUAACUGGUUUAUUCGGUUUAUAAACUCGCAUACUAAGGA